CUUGUCUUCACUCACUACCACACAUCGACAUCUGACAAAUGACGGAUGCUCUAUCAGCCACCAGCCGUAUCGUAUACACACACACAUAACUGGCAGCCUGCCUUCUCAUCAAAAAGUCGCCCCAAGUCGCCCCUCUCAUGGCUUAUGAGAACCCCACGUCAAAAGAGUGCCCGCAGCUGCACGUCGUGGAUGCAGACUUGUUGCCUUUUACCUGUCAAGAGCACAUACAUGCCAUGGCAUACAUCCAAACGCGCACGAAUAAAUAAAGGGGGCAGACAGACAGACAGACCUGGAAGGACGCUCUGAUCAUCUCCUCGACGUAGUCGAUCUGGCAGUCCUCCAGAAAGGCCAGAGAUACGUCGUCUAUCAGGAGCUUGCAGCCGUCCUGCUGCAACACUCUGAACGAACGCGGAAGGAACAAUACACACACAACGACAUGACACACCGUGUCAGUCAACGUGACUGACGGACACGCGUAUUGUCUUAUCGAAAGCUUAGCUUACAUGUCAUUCUCUUGUUGCUUGUCUUCGAUGGUGAAGUCGUAUUGAAACCCCGAGCACCCGCCGCUGUUGACCUGCAGCCGCAACAGCUGGGGCCUCGCCGCCUUGGCGGACAACUCAUGCAGCCUCUAUCAUAGAACCGCCGGACAAAGCAAAAGAUAUGGAUGAGAAUGACACAGAGCACGGCUGGCUCAUCUGAUCUCAUCCUCCCUACCCACCUUGAUGGCUGAUUGCGUGAGCUGCACCUUCCCUUCCAACGAGUAACUUGACGAAGGCGGUGCUGAUGUGGCAUUGCUGGAUGCCUCGCUGCCGAAUGCACGCCAUCUCGUCAUGGGCAUCAGAGGAGCACUGCGGGAGAGCCGCAAACAAGCGAAACGCCGCCCGAUGCGACGAAGAGCAUCCAGAGAUGCCAUCAAGUCGGCGUCUUCGUUGGAUUUUGUGCUUGAUCCAAUGAUGGAGAGCGCGUCACGGCAAUGUUAGGCACAAAGGGC